GAGAACUCAAAUUCGAAUCUCUCCGUCGUCAACAGUCACUCAAAGCACAAACCGAAAGCAAAAAAGAUGAGCACCGGAGCACGGCUUUCAAAGCAACACACCCCAGACAUCUAGCUGUGGCCAUCUCUUUGAUUCUUUGCCCUCCAAGAAAGCCUGCGGCACAUGGAGUACACACCCCUCGUCCCCUCUGAACGACGAUCUCCUCUAUACAAAGCGCCGCCGCGCAACCGGGAACAGCUAGCUGCGACGUCGCCACGCACAGACUACAGUAACAAAUGCCGGCGGCGGCGGCGAUGCGGGGGGACAUCACGUACAGCGGGCGCGCGCGGCGGGUGGCCGUGCUCCGCUGCCUCGUCGCCGCGCUGGUGGUCACCAUCCUGCUCGCGGGGCUGGCCGCGCUCAUCUUCUGGCUCGUGGUCCGCCCGAAACCCAUCGACUACACCGUCACCCGCGCCGUGGCGCGCCACUUCAACGUCACCCCGCCGCAGCCCGACGACGCCACGGCGAACGCGACGUUCUACCUCACGCUGGCCGCCAACAACCCGAACCGGCGCGUGUCGAUCCUGUACGAGUGGGUGGAGUUCCGCGUGCUGUACGGCGAGGGCGAGGCGGCGCAGCUGGCGACCGGGGACGCGCCGGCGUUCGCCCAGCCGCACCGCAACGAGACGCGGCUGGACGUGCGCGCCGUGGCGCGGUCGGUGCACGUCGGGGAGCAGACCGCGCGGGAGCUGCGGCACGACCUCGCGGCGGGGCAGGUGGGCGUCGACGUCCGGAUGCACGCGCGCGUCCAGUUCAAGGUCGCCGGCGUCAGGAGCAGGCGCUACGACCUGCAGGCGUUCUGCUCGCCCGUCGUCAUCGGCCUCGCGCCGUCGUCCGCAAGGUCGUUCCAGAGCGUGCCGUGCGACGCCGCCAUCUCGUAAGGCCAGUAGGCAACACAACAUGCAUGCAUGGAGAGCCCGCGUGCCACUCGAUCGGAUCGAUCGGAUCACUAGCUAGCUAAGUGCCUGAGUGUGGUGUGCUGCAAAAAUCUACUAGCAGCUUGGCCUGGCUCAAUAUGCAUGUUUUGUUAGGUUUAGAUGUUUGACUUGGUACGCCUACGUACCCAUAUAUAUUGACGUGUCUUGUAAAUCCAGCUAAUUCUGCUUGCUACCUUCUUUCGUUUCGAAA